AUGAAGAUCUGUGAAGGAUGGUUCGUUGCAGGAUGGUACGCCGCUUGCGCUUUGUUUUACGUUUGCGCGCAUCCGGCGAGAGAUCGAUCCGAAAAGAAUGCGUACAUUAGCAGCAGAUCGAGAUCGCCCGAAUCAAAAUCAACGGCUGACGAUUACACUUACGAGAGAGAGAUAUCGUCGGCGUCUAAAUUGUCCGAGAUUGCGGAGGACAGUCUGGAAGAUUUCGAAGAAACUGGCUCGCCCACAAUGAGAGCGAUUAUCGCAAAGGAGAGAAGCGACGUGGUUCUAUUACCUCUGAUCAUAGAACCCGAGGCGGAGAUGUUGCCGGCCGGAUAUAAAGGCGUGAAGCCGCCCGGAGUGAGUCACAUGGAAAUGACGUACGCAAAACCGCAAAUUGGUUCAUCGGGUCGCAAAAACGCGGCGUCGCGAAACACCGAUAAAUCCGAUGGAUUUGAUAGACACGACGACGAUGCUCAUUACGCAGCGUCGAAGCACGAGACGCAAGUUGCAAAGAACGAUCGAAAUAGCGAGAGCUUCGUCAUUCUCGACGGCGGGUCGAAAGGCAAGUCGAAGAAGAAAUCCAAGAAGAACAAGUAUAGCGAAGGUUCGGAGAGCGAUUCGAAAACCGGAAGCAAGAAAAGCGAAUAUAGCGAAGGUUCAAGAAGCGAUUCGAAGAAGGAAAACAAGAAAAGCAAGUACAGCGAGACCUCGGGUGUGCAAAAGAGCCAUUCCGAAAAUAAAGAUCGCGCGAAAAAUAACAAAAAAGAAAUUGUGAAGAAGAAAGACGCCGCCUACAAUACCAGAGGUAACCGCAAGAAGGCCCACACCGCCGCCGGAUAUCGCAACGUUUAUCACAGAGACGAGUUCAUGAAGGACGCGGAUUUCUACGAUAACGGACGUGAAGGUGGACGCUUUGAAAAGCACGGUCGAUACGGGGAGAAGCACAGCGCCGCCGAAGGCACGUACGCGAGAGGCAAGAAUAACAGCUCCAGAUCGGUUAGGGAAGUGGAAGCCAAUGAGCAUAAGAAGUUAGAUAAGGCGACGGGAGUCGACUGA